UGGGUCGUUGCCAACCGCACUUACAGCAUCUAAAUAUUACUUCCAAUUCCUUUCUAUCAUCAAUUCUAAUUUGUCUUUAGAUUCUGCACGAACUCAGUUGGCGGACCUAGUCUUGAAGGAGACAACCUUAUGUACUGGAACUAUCCCAGUUUUGAUAGUACACUUUUCUUCUCUAUAAAUUGUAAUGUUCCUUAGCUUCUUCUGGACAAUUCACAAGGAAGCUAUCCUAAUCCUAGUUAGCAAACACCGCCGAUCAUCAGUGUUGGGACUUCUUCAACUAGUCUAAGCCAAUACUGUCUGUCAGAAAACAAACGCUAUUAUCAGAUUAUAUCCUACACUUCAAACUUGCAACUCCAACAGAAUGACACACUCUUGUCUGAGUUACAAGUGGGUUUUCUUAAUAUUCUUUCAUGGGAUUCUUCUAAUGUGUAUGAGCUCAUGUUUAAAAUCUGCAACACUUCCAGCUUUUGCAAAUGAGACUGAUCACUUGGCUUUACUUGACUUCAAGAAUCGAAUAACUCAAGACCCACUUCAAAUCAUGAGCUCAUGGAAUGACUCCAUACAUUUUUGUAACUGGUUAGGUGUUACUUGUAGCACCUCCAGUAAGCGAGUCUUGGUUUUGGAAUUGGAAGCUAAGAGAUUGGCUGGCCCUAUACCACCCUCUUUGGGAAACCUUUCUCAGCUCACAGGCAUUAACCUACGAAACAACAGGUUUUAUGGAGAAAUUCCUCAAGAAGUGGGACGUCUACAGAGCCUACAACAUCUUAAUUUGACUUCGAAUUCCUUUGGUGGGAAACUUCCAACUAAUCUGAGCUAUUGUACACAACUUAGAGUGCUUGAUGUGGCUUACAACAACCUUAUUGGGCAAAUACCAGACCACCUCAGCUCAUUGUCAAAGUUGGUGAAUCUAAGUCUUGGUGAGAACAACCUAACAGGAACUAUCCCAGCUUGGAUAGGAAAUUUUUCUUCCUUGCAUGUCCUUAGUCUUAUUCAGAACAAUUUUCAAGGAAGCAUACCUAGCGAACUUGGACGUCUACCAGGCUUGGGAUUUUGUCGGCUUGCUUCAAAUAAUCUCUCCGGUACCAUCCCUCCUUUGAUCUAUAAUAUUUCAUCCAUGUACUUUUUCUCCGUUGCUCAAAACCGGUUACAUGGAAGCCUUCCACCAGAUGUUGGUCUUACUCUUCCUAGCCUUCAAAUAAUUUAUGGUGGUAUGAACAAUUUCAGUGGACCUAUUCCCUUGUCUUUUUCAAAUGCUUCUCAACUUCAGGUACUUGACUUUGGCAAUAAUAAUCUGACUGGGUCAAUGCCUCAAAAUCUAGCAAGCUUGCAAGGCUUGGUUAAACUUAAUUUUGAGCAUAAUAGUCUUGGAAAUGGAGAAGAUGGAGACCUGAAUUUUUUCAAUAACUUGGCAAAUUGUACUACUUUGGAGGUUAUAUUUCUUCAAUAUAAUAAUUUUGGAGGAGUAUUGCCUAGCUCCAUAGCUAACCUUUCCACCCAGCUACAAAAAUUUGUUAUGGGUGGGAAUAUGAUCCGUGGUGACAUCCCCGUUGGGAUCGGGAACCUUGUUAACUUAAAUGAUGUGGGACUAGAAUGUAACUAUUUGGGAGGUACUCUUCCCAAUAUUCUUGGGAAGCUUCAAAAGUUACAGGUAUUGUAUUUGGAAAAUAAUAAAUUAUCUGGGCCAAUCCCUUCCUCCUUGGGUAACUUAACUACAUUGACUAAGCUCUUUAUGGAGAGGAACAAAUUUGAGGGAAAUAUACCCCCAAGCUUAGGAAAUUGCCAAAAUUUGCUUUUACUAAAAAUUUCUCAUAACAAUCUCACUGGCACCAUUCCAAAACAAGUUAUUGGUAUAUCUUCCCUUUCAAUUUCUUUGGACAUGUCUCACAAUUUCUUGAUAGGUGCACUGCCGUUUGAAGUGGGCAACUUAACACAUCUUACUGAGUUAGAUCUCUCAAAUAAUAGGUUAUCAGGAAAAAUUCCCACCACCCUUGAGACUUGUCUUAGUUUGGGGGGCUUAUAUUUGGAGGGUAAUUCAUUCGAAGGAGCAAUACCUCAAUCUUUGGCAACAUUAAGAGGUUUAGAACAAAUAGAUCUUUCGCAAAAUCACUUCUCUGGGAAUAUUCCUAAAUUUCUCGGUAAGCUUGUGUCACUUAAGCAUCUCAAUAUUUCUUUUAAUGAUUUGGAAGGUGAAGUGCCAAGUGAAGGAAUUUUUGCAAAUGCCAGCAAGAUUUCAAUCUUUGGAAAUAAUAAGCUAUGCGGUGGUGUCCAAGAAUUACAUUUACCUACGUGCGCUAGGAAAAAUCUCUGUUCAUCUAGAAAGCUUCUUGCACUCAAAAUAGUAAUCCCUAUUUCAAGUAUGGUCAUAUUUGUACUUGUUCUGUUAUAUUCUUUCCCUACAUGUUUUGUUAUGAGAAAUUCAAGAGGGGGAGCAUUAACUAAAUCUUCCUUUGAAGAUAGGAAGUUGCGUGUCUCAUAUGCAAGGCUCCUAAAAUCGACAAAUGGGUUUUCAGAAAACAAUUUGAUUGGUUCGGGUAGCUUUGGCUUGGUAUACAAAGGAGUUCUUUCUGAAAAUGGAGCAAUUGUUGCAGUUAAAGUAUUAAACCUUCAACAAAAAGGAGCUUCCAAGAGUUUCAUUAAUGAAUGCAAUGCUUUGAGAAAUAUACGUCAUCGCAAUCUCCUCAAGAUUAUCUCUGCUUGCUCAAGCACUGAUCAUGAAGGGAAUGACUUUAAAAGUCUUAUUUUUGAGUUCAUGUGCAAUGGUAGUCUGGACCAAUGGUUGCAUCCUAAAAAUAAUGCGCAACAUUGGAGCAAGAGGUUGAGAUUUAUUCAGAGACUGAACAUAGCUGUUGAUGUUGCUUAUGCAUUAGAAUAUCUUCAUCACCAUUGCCAAACACCAAUUGUUCAUUGUGAUCUAAAACCAAGUAACAUACUCCUUGAUGAAGAUAUGGUAGCCCAUGUUGGUGAUUUCGGAUUGGUGAAUUUCCUCUUUGAAGCAUCAAACAAUCCCUCCAAAUCUCAAACCUUGUCAGUUGGACUCAAAGGUUCCAUUGGAUACAUUCCUCCAGAGUAUGCAAUGGGUGGCCAAGUUUCAACACUAGGAGACAUUUAUAGCUAUGGGAUACUCUUGCUGGAAAUGUUCAUUGGAAAAAGGCCUAUUGAUGAAAUGUUCAAAGAUGGUUUAAGCAUUCACAAAUUCACUGCAAUGGCUUUGCCAGAGCAUGUCAUGGAUAUAGUUGACUCGUCAAUGUUCUUUGUGGAGGAUGAUGAAGAUGUCAAUGAUGAUAUAGUAGAAAGAACAAUAACUGAAGAAGAUCCACAUGGCAUUGUUAGUAACAGAAUAAAAGAAUGUUUGAUAUAUGUGCUCCAAAUUGGAUUAUUGUGUUCUAAAACAUCACCAGAUGAGCGAAUGCCUACAAAUGUUGUCGUCAGUGAAAUGAAGACAAUUAGAGACACAUUUCUUAAAUUUAAGAAGAAAAACACAAGAAGAAUGACCUAGCGUGGCCGAAUUGGAUGGAAGUAAUGACCCUUCUAGGAGUACUAUUUCUGAGGCCAUUGUUAUUUGUCAAUGACAUUUUCUAAAACCAUGUUCCUAUGUUCUUUUUAUUAUUGCGUGUACGAUCCCUCUUUAAUUUGAUUUGUAAUAAUAUAUAUUCCAUACGCUAUUCCUGUGCCA